AUGCAUUGCGUCAGACUAUAUAGGUUGCCUUUAAAAAGGACAGGCUUUUAUCCGAUUUCCUUAAAUCAUGUUGGUAUCAGAAAUGUAAAUCCUUGGAUUCCUGGUGUAGUACGUACAUUAUCCACUUCACCAGAAUCUAAAUUUUCAGAAGAAGAAAUAAGCAAAGCCAAGCAAUGGAUAGAAAACUUCUCAGGUACCCAAAUACCAGAAAACAUUUUCGAAAUAUCUUACAGCAGAGCAUCAGGAGCUGGUGGACAAAAGGUUAAUAAGACGUCCUCAAAAGCUACCAUAGCACUUGGUCCAGAUCAAUGGCUCAACCCCCAAUUCUGCUACUGGAUUCCAAAACCAAUAAUAUCUCAAAUCAGUGAGAAUAAAAUCAGAUACGAAACAAAAAGUGGAGGGAUACUCAUUCAAAGUGAUUCAACAAGGAAUAGAGAUACCAAUACGGAUGAAUGCUUUCGUAAAUUAGUGCAAGAGAUCAAAGAUAAUACAUUUUUUCCAGGUGAAGUAAGUGAAGAGGACAAAAAGAGAUGGCAAGAAAUAAAGGACGACCGUAAAGAGAAACGUCUUUUUAAUAAGAAGAGACAAAGUGAUAAGAAGAAAUAUCGUUCUAAAAAGUUUGAUAUAUGA